AUGGCCAGCAACACCACCUUACGGACGUUUCGAUCGCUCACAUGCACAAUUCGCGCAUCAUGUCAACACACGCAGCCUCUGCGACCCUUCUCCCACAGCACACGAGCCCUCAAUGCGUCUCCCACGGACCGCAAUAAGCCCUCUUUGUCAAUGGACAGUCUCCUCGGCAAUGUGUUACGCAACUUCAAGAACGCAGGUCCUGACCACUUUGGGAACAUAAUACCCAACGCCGACGGGACCCCGGGCUUCAAGAAUCUUGCACCACGCGAGUGGGAAGAGGACGACAAGCACAAAUUACACGUUUACGCUACCAAGCACAACACACAUCUGUGUCUCACACAGCCAAAUCGAAAUCCCCUCAUCUCGGUAUCGUGUGGAAACAUUGGUUUCCGGAAAGCGGGACGCGGGUCAUACGAUGCUGCCUACCAACUCGCAGCUUUCCUCAUGAACCGGAUCCAGGACAAGGGCUUGCUGCCACAGAUUCAGAAGUUGGAGUUGAUUUACAGAGGAUUUGGGCCAGGCAGGGAGGCAGUCACAAAGGCGAUACUGGGUUCUGAGGGAAAGAGGAUACGGCCGUUGAUUGUCAAACUAGCCGACUCUACGAGACUCAAGUUUGGUGGUGUGAGGAGCAAGAAGCCAAGGAGAUUGGGUUAG